AAAGAAGAGGACAGAAGCAUUCUUGAAUCUAUGUUUGAGUCCUUAUGGAGCGGAGUUGGCUUCUUUGGUCCGUUCUGGGAUCAUAUACUGAGUUAUUGGAAAGUUAGUCUGGAAAAUCCAAAACAUGUGCUUUUUAUGAGGUACGAUGAAAUGAAGACAGAUCCUACCGGUCAGCUCAUGAAAAUUGCGGAGUUCUUGGGUUGUCCCUUCUCCGGGGAAGAAGAAAAGAAUGGAUCUGUUGAAAAGAUCUUGGAGAUGUGUUCGCUGCCUAACCUGAUCAGUUUGGAGGUUAACAAGACCGGAACAUCGAUCAAUGGCAUGGAUUACAAAAACCAUUUCCGCAAAGGGAUAGUUGGUGAUUGGAAGAAUCAUCUAACUCCGGAAAUGGGGAACAAAAUCGACAUGAUCAUGGAGGAGAGACUCAAAGAUUCCGGUUUGAAGUUCUGAGUUAUGUUUUGGAAUGCAUUUUUGUAAUAAAUAAUUAGCUUGUUUCUUUGAUGUAAGGUGAGUUAUGUUUUAGAAUCCAUUGUUGUAAUAAUAAGUAGCUUGUUCCUUUAAGGUUCAUGUUUUAAUAUUCUAAGUAAUGUCAUGUGUUGUUGUUUCAUUUGUGUUUCCUAUAAUAAGAGUACCUUCCUUUGA